UGGGGCUCCAUUAUAAAUUGUGCUUUGUUAUGCGCCUUAUGCCACUGAGUUGAUGAAGGGAUCUGAGCCUGCUGAGCCUAAAACAUUCGGCACAAGUAAUUCUUUGCAUUGUCCUGAUCCUGUCUUCUAAUAAGCAAUUAUUGGUGGACAGCAAAUUGUUUUCCAAAUGACUGCUACUUGAGACCAAUACCAACAGGAUGGGAUCUGGUUACGAGAUGGCUCAUCAUCACAACAACAAGGACGCUGUCUUAAAAAGUUCCAACUUGUCUCAUGGAUGAACCCACACAAGUGCUGUAAACUAAUCUUCUCAACAAGGUGGCAUCCUCAACUAGUUUACAGUGAUUACUUUGUUACACAUCUUGGUGAAUUCCUACAUGUUGCAUGAGCUGUGAUUUCAAUUAUGAAGGGUAACUUGAUCACAAGUAGAUGCCUAGAUAAUGAUGACACACCCAUCAAUCAAUAUAAAACACAUGCGAAAAGGUUAAAGCUGCAUUUAAGCAUGCCUGAUAUCGUCAAGUGCUGGAUUAGUGACUGAUGUUUAUUUUAGGAGCCAAGUUGAUUUAGAUCAAAAGCAUCCUUCUAAUUCCAUUUGGCUAAUAACAAUAAGAGGAUAACUUUGGAUGGACUUAGUUAAGGAUAAAAGAUCUUUCUCCUGCAUCAGUAUAUGCAAUUGGACACUAGAUUAAAACUAGUCCAUCUCUGUUUCUUGCACACAAUUUGGAUCAUCUCAGUUACAGAAGUAGGAAAGAAUUUGAAGAAAAGAUUUUACUAUCACUAGUUGCAUGAGAGAAACUCCUAAAGAAUAGCAACUUGUGACAUACAAAACACAGAAGAAAGAUCAUUUAUUGACUAUAUUAUGAUCUAUGCAAUGCCUACUGUGAUAAGACUAUUUAUGUAAUGGAUGGUUUGAGCAACUCCAAGGGUCAUUGUCACCAAAAUCUGGCUCCUGUCCACCUGCAGAUCCUAUCGAAUCACUAUUGAGAUUAAUAAAGUCACAAAAUGUUAUCCAUAUCAAUGUAAUGCAACCCACUUGGGUCCUUGUAUAUGAGGAUAUAUGGUUGAUUGGUUAGCUUGCAGGUUGUAUCUGGGGGUUGUCUUGGUUUGGCCCACAACUGUUCGUUGUGAUUAUGUUUAAGUCCAAAUUUAAAACUGCUACUGGUUUAUUUCAUCAUCUAAUGUUUUACUUUAAAAUGUAUUACAUGGAAAUAGAUAAGGGUUAGAGAGAAGUAUAGAGAAGAAGACAAAAUGUAGAGGAAAGCAGAGAAGAAGAAAACAAGUUGGUGGUUGGUCCUCGAAAAAGAAAACACCAUUAGAACAACUGUAGAUAUCAACAACUACAAAAGGAGAAUGAUGGAACAGUAAGCUUAUCUUAUGAAGAGGGCCAACUUCUUAUUUGUUGACUAAUCCAAUGCUUGAUUCUGAGGUCCAUUAGAACUCCCAAAUCAUUGGUUCUCUACUAGCAUUUUUUUUUUAUAUUUAAGGGGAAUUGAUGGGAUCAUUUAUCUGUCUGAUUAGUCCUUUCUCUUUUCCACAACAAGACUUCCUGUUAAUAUACUGGUAGCUAAUUAACUGAGCAUUUCAAGACACAACUAUUCAAAUUGACAAGUUAAUUAGAAGCUAAGAGACUGUAUGAUACAAUUUGAUAGUGCUUAUGAGUUUAAUUCUGGUUCCUCGAUGAGGUUCUCGAUAGGUUGGAUUGGAGAUGGCCAGGAGGGACCAUAAUGCUCCCUACAGUUGAGAAAAGAACCUGAAAACAAAAUGUAGGAAGAGGGAGAUGAGACUCGGGGUCGCAAUUGCAAGAAGUCAGAUGGAGAAGCGGGCAGUACUUGAUCAUAGAAGACAAAGACAAGGACUGGGAACUAACUUGGUUCGUGUCUGUUCAUGUUAGUCUUCUAGUGAUUAGUUUACUGACUUAAAUUAUAACUGCAUACAAGUUGUUACUAAUGAAAGCUUAUUUCUUGAGCUAGUAAGAAAGUGACUACCGACAACAUGGGUUUGUUAAGAACUUAGAUGGGCAACUUAGAUCAAACUCACGAUCACAUGUUUCAGACAGACAAGUUGGCUUUGUACAAGUAGGAGAGUUUUUUUUGUAAGGGCAAGUUGGACUAGACUCUGUUGGCCUCCUAACCCUAUGUUACACUCCUAUUUCAGCUUAAAGAACAGCCUCCACACCAAUACACCAUACCAUCCACAUGAGUGGCAGAAAGAUCCAAGAAGGAACAUAUGCUACAGUGUGUCCAUGGUCCCUAGUUUUCCCCUUGUCCCUUCCUAGUGGGUUUGUUUGUGUGGCAUAUUAUUCUCACCAGUUACAGUCAUUGACAUGCAACAUCCUACAAGUCAGAGGAGAUCCUCCUCCAACUUGCCACAAGUCUUUUGUAUCUUUAGCUCUCAGCAGGACUUUCUUGCGGUCCCCUGUAUCCUCCCUCCAUCACUCUUCUUAUCUAUAUACCUCCUUUCGAUGCUUUGAAGCAAAUCCUCCCUUCCCUUCCUCGCUCUUCCGCUGCCAUCAUGCCAGAGAAAGAGCAGCAAGUAGAGGUCUUGUGGCCAAGACUGGUGGCGAACAAGCUGCUGAGGCGGCCGGUGGGUAACAAUUCCUUCGUUGCAGAUCUCCCUUGUUCAGACGUGUUGCUCGAACUCGCAAAUUUGGAUGAGUUCGACCCAAAGAGACCCCGGAAAUAUCUCAAAGAUACUCGCAAAUACAAACUAUACGUUGGUACUUGGAAUGUUGGUGGCAUCCUUCCAUCAGAUGAUGUAAACCUGGAGGACUGGUUAGACAUUAACAACGAUUACUAUGACAUUUAUGUUCUUGGAUUCCAAGAGAUCGUUCCGCUCAGUGCCAAAAACGUGCUAGGCGCAGAGAAGAGAAGAAUCCUUGCACAGUGGAACUCCCUCGUCAGGACAACACUGAACAAGUCUUCAUCCAACUUGGAAGGUCGAAAAGAACCAAAGGUGGGGGAGAGGCACAAGGCGUGUCCAGCGAAGGAAGGCUUUGCUCGAGAUUUCCGGUGCAUUAUAAGCAAGCAGAUGGUCGGAGUUCUGGUGUCAGUGUGGGCGAGACAUGAGCUCCAGUACUACAUCCGCCACCCGAGCGUCUCCUGCGUCGGCUGCGGCGUCAUGGGCUGCCUGGGAAACAAGGGUUCGGUUUCGGUUCGAUUCUGCUUGCACGAGACCAGCUUCUGCUUCGUGUGCUGUCAUCUGGCUUCGGGAGGAAGAAAAGGGGACGAGAUGAACAGAAACUCGGACGCCGUGGAUGUUCUCUCAAGAACCAGCUUCCCUCGAGGUCCUUCUCUCGAUCUGCCACACAAGAUCUUAGAUCAUGAUCGAGUAAUCUUGCUGGGUGAUCUGAACUAUAGAAUCUCCUUGCCUGAGGCCAUAACAAGAUCUUUGGUGGAGCAAAAGCAAUGGGACAUCUUGUUGGAGAGAGAUCAGCUCAGAACAGAGGUUUCCAAGGGCAGGGUAUUCGAAGACUGGCAGGAGGGGGCCAUAACAUUCUCCCCCACCUACAAAUACUACCCCAACUCCGACAAGUACUACGGGUGCAUUCAAGGCCAGAAAGGCGAGAAAAGGCGAGCUCCGGCAUGGUGCGACAGAAUCCUGUGGCACGGCGACGGCCUGAAGCAGAAGCGCUACGACCGGUGCGAGUCGUGGCUGUCCGACCACCGGCCGGUCCGAGCCGUCUUCACCGCGAGCGUGGACGUGCGGCGGAGCUUCAACUCGCUCGGGAGCUUCUUCCUGUCGGAGAGAUUUGAUCGGCCGGACGACGAGCACGCAAACGGUGGCGGUGGAAGAAGAAGAAGCAUUAACGUCGAUGCCUUGUGAUCGAGUCCUCGCUAUGACGUAUUACGAGGGACAUAGCGAGAUUUGGCUACGUAGAUAGAUAGAUAAUACAGAGUAUAAUUUGCUCCAAUUUUUAAGGUUGCUCCUCCUGUUUACAUAUUGCUCCAUGCAAGCGAGGGAUGGGAUUUGCAUCCAUGACAUGAGAUUGGAUGUGACACCAA